AUGCAAUUUGAUCAAUUUAAGCAUGUGUAUUGGGUUCGCUUAAGUGCUUCAGUUGAUGUAGUAAGACUUCUUAUAACUCAAGGACUGGCAUUUCGAGGUCAUGAUGAAUCUAAAUCAUCACUUAGUAAGGGUAGUUUUCUUCAAAUUCUCUCAUGGUAUGCGAAAAAGUGUGAUAAAAUUCGUGAUUAUGUACUAGAACAUGCUCCUCAAAAUGAACAAAUGACUUCUCCAAUGAUCCAGAAAGAUAUUGUGAGUGCUUGUAAGAUAGAAACAAUUAAAGAUAUUCUUGAGGAAUUAAAUGGUGACUACUUUUCCUUACUAGUUGAUGAGUCUUUUGAUGUGUCACGCAAGGAGCAAAUGGCUAUUGUCUUACGAUAUAUUGAUAGAAAUGGAUUUGUGAUGGAGCGACUUCUUGACAUUGUUCAUGUUCAAGAUACUAGUGCUUUAUCUCUAAAGAGGGCAAUUGUUAAUUUACUUGCUCAACAUUCCUUGAGUCUAUCACAUGUGCGUGGAAAAUGUUACGAAGGGGCAAGCAAUAUGCAAGGAAUCACAAAUGAGCUUAAUAAAUGCUUACAAAAAAAGGAGCAAGAUUUGGCAAAUGCCAUGCUACUUGUUGAAGUAGCAAAAAGAAGGUUGCAAGCGUAUAGAGAUGAUGGAUGGAAUUCUCUUAUUGCUAAGGUAUCUUUGUUUUGUAUCAAGCACGAAUUUUUGAUACCUAACUUUGAGGAUCCAUAUGUUAGCUCUUUAAGAUCACGACGGAGACUUGGUGACAAUAAAGUCUCACAUCAUUAUCAUGUUGAAGUGUUUUGCAAUAUUAUUGAUUGGCAACUUCAAGAACUUAAAGAUCGUUUUGGCGAAGCGACGACUGAUUUGCUUCGUGGAAUUGCUUGUUUGAAUCCAAUUGAUUCAUUUUCAAGUUUUGACAUCAGAAAGAUAAUGAAAAUGGCUAAAUUAUAUCCUGAUGACUUUAAUGAAUUCAAUAUGGGCACUCUUGAGAAUCAACUUGCAAGUUACAUUAUUGAUGUUCGUGAUGUUGAUGAAAGGUUCUUAAAUCUAAAAGGACUUUGUGAUCUUUCAAAAAGAUUAGUUCAAACAAAGAAGCAUUCAAAUUAUCCUCUUGUAUUCUACUUAGUGAAACUUGCUUUGCUUCUGCCAGUUUCCACUGCAUCCGUUGAAAGAGCUUUUUCGGCAAUGAAGUUUAUCAAGAAUGACUUGCGGAGUCAAAUGAGUGAUGAUUUUUUUAGCGGUUGUUUGGUGCCUUAUCUAGAAAAAGAUGUAUUUGAUAAUGUUUCUAAUGAUGCUAUUAUUAAGACAUUUCAAGCUAUGAAAGCUCGUAGAGUACAAUUGUAA